AUGCUCUUCUUCUCUAUCAUUUAUUGUUUCUUCAUCUUGGUCAUUUCUUUUCUUCUUCUUCUCUAUCAUUUAUUUUUUCUUCUCUUUCACUCGUUUUUUUUUCUUUUCGGUCAUUUAUUGCCCCAUUCUUUCUUACUUUCUUUUCUCUUUUGUCUUAACUUUUCCUUCUUUUUUUUCUAUUCUCUCUUUUCUUUCAUCAUUAUACUCCGAUUUUCUACUCUUUUUUCUUUCUUUCUUCUCAUCAGUUUUAUUUUUUCCUAUUUUAUAUUUGUUUAUCUUAUUUCUUUUCUCGCCAUUUAUUUAAUUUUCUUUGCGUUCCAUGUUUUAAAUUCUUGCCAUUUCUUUCAUUCAUUUUUUCCUUCUUUCCCUUAUCUCUUUUUCUUUCUUUUUUACUUCUUUUCUCUCUACUUUUUCUUUCUCUUUUUCAGUUUACUUUUUUCUGUUCAAUUUCUCUCUUUUUUUCCUUUAUUCUUUUCCUCAUCGUUACUUUUUCUUUCAUUCUUUUUCCUAUUUUCUUUUUUAUUUCUCUUACCUUUUUCAUUUCUUUUUCUUUUUCCAUCUUGUGCUUCAUCUUGCUAUCCUUGCUUUCGUUUUUAUGCUUUCAUUUUCUUUUUCUUUCCUUCUUGCUUACCUACAUACUUACCUUUACUUUUUCUUUCUCUUCUCUUUCUACUUUUUCUUUUUUCUUACAAUCAUUUUUUUCUCUUCUUUUCUUCAUUUUUCUUUAAUUUUUUUGCUUUUUUUCUUUUUCUUGUAUUUUCCUUUUCUUCGUUUCUAAUUAUUUCCCUUCAUCUUUCUUUAAUUUCCUCUUCUCUCUUUCUACCGUUCAUUAUUUAUUUUCUUUGCCAUUUUUAUUUUUCUCUUCUUUUUCUUAUUUUCUCUCUUCCGUACAUUUUCUUUUUCUUUCAUUUUUCUUUAUUUUUCUUCUUUCUCUUCUUAGUUUUUCUCUUUCUCUUUUUCUUUCUUUUCUUCUUUCCUUUCUUUCUUUCUUUCUUUCGUGCUUGCUUUCCUGCGUUUUCUUUUUCUUUCCUUUGGCAUUCCCUUAAUUGUUUUCUUCUUUUCUUUUUCUUCCAUUUUUCUUUUCUUUACAUUUUUUUUCCUUUCAUUUCUUUAUUCCUAAAUUUACUUUUUAUUUUGCUAUUGAUUUUUACUUCCUUUUUGAUAUGCUUGUUCCUUCCUGUUUACUUUCUCUGUCUCUCUGUCUGUCGCCCUCCCUCUCUUUCUCUCUCUCUAUGUCUCUCUCUGUCUCUCUCCCUCCCUCUCUCUCUCUGUUUACUGGAUAUUUGA